AAGGUAGGAGACGUUUCGUCAUAGGAAGAAAUUUGAAAUGCGUAGGGAGACACCAACUAUAACUUUCACUCAUUACUAGACCGUUGUUGGAUCCAGUUCGGUUAAAAACUAUUCUUUCGUCUGUGAGUUUUAAACAUUAACAUUCUCUCGGAUUUCUAGCGGCUAUUCGAACUUGCUUUCAGCUAUUUUUGAAUUCUUCAUAAAUUUUGAACCUUAAAAAUGCCUUUUGAACGUCGUCUCCCACUUCUGCGAUCAGAUUUCAGUGUAAUUGAUCGAGAAUUCAGUUCCAUCAGAGAAAAAUUCGAUCAAGAGAUGAGAGUAAUGGAGGACGAAAUGAACCGAUUUAGGUCACAAUUAAUGGAUCGAGAAACACCUCGCCUUCAAAGUCACUCAGCUUCUACUGGUACAGAUGGUGCAACCACACACAAAUCAGAAGUUCGAACCUGGCUUGAUGGGUUGAGCUCCCCUUUAAUCCAAGACUGCGAUGAUGGAAAGAAACUACGAUUGAGAUUCGACGUAAGCCAAUACCAACCAGAAGAAAUUGUCGUAAAGACAGUCGACAAUAAAUUGCAGGUCCAGGCUAAACACGAAGAAAAAUCUGAAACCAAAUCUGUAUACAGAGAAUACAACAGAGAAUUUCUGCUCCCGAAAGGCACAAAUCCUGAAAUGAUCAAAUCGUCCCUUUCUACUGACGGAGUUCUGACUGUAGAAGCACCUUUACCAGCCAUUGAAGGCGUUCACAUGAUUCCCAUCGAAAACAAAUAAACAAUUUUGUACUCGGUCCUUAUUUUAUCUCUACUUAAUGCUAAAUUUUGCUUCACACUUUAAGAAAGUAUUAAUUUAUAUCACAUAAUAUGUAAGCUGAAGAUGUUUUUAUACCUAAGUUUAAUAUUUAUUCACUAGCUGGUUUGUAUCAUAUAAAUUCACCAUAUAUUAAAUGUUUUGUAGAAAAAUAUUCUUAAUUCUAAAGAGAGAAAAAAAACACGAAAUUUUACUGGUAUGCAAGUAAAUGAAUCUAUGAUGUACAGUUAUAUCAAUUUUUGAGAAAUAAAGAAAGAUUUCACAAGA